AUGAAGGUAUCGAUAAUAUUGAUUGCUUUGAUCGUGGUCGUUUUGAUGGUUGUCGUUGAUGUCGACGGUGCUCGCCAUCGCAAUCUGCGCAAACAACGUAAUAGUCGUAAUCGUAAUCAGACAAGCGCGCAAGGUAACCUAGGAGCCUCUACUACGCAAGAUAGCCAAGGAGCUUCGACCACACAAGAUAGCCAAGGAGCCUCCACCACGCAAGAUAGCCAAGGAGCCUCCACCACGCAAGAUAGCCAAGGAGCCUCCACCACGCAAAAUAGCCAAGCAAGCAGCUCCACAGCUGCUGACCCUCCACCCGCCGCAACCAAUACUUUAUCACCGCCGUCGAACUUACUUAGCAACGAUAUUUGCAAAAAUUCAAAUCAGCCAUCAACCGGCGGUAAACAGAACAAAGGUGGUUCGUGCUCGGAUACCAUCCAAGGUCAAAUCCCUAGCGUCGAAAAUAUGAUCUCCACCAUUAUCACUAAUCCUCAAAAUGGUGAUACCAUUCCCGCGAAUGAACCUUUCAAUGUGUCCGUGCUGACCAACAAUUUGGACCUUGGUUUCUUCGAUAAUCCUCAAACUCAAUAUUACGCUUUUCCCCAAUCACUUAACGACCAGGGACAAAUUUUUGGCCAUCAACACGUUACCAUUCAACAGCUCAGCGGAAAUGGCCCACCAGACCCUCAGAACUUUGCUUUCUUUAAGGGAUUAAACGAUCCUUCCAACAGCGGACAGUUGUCUGUUGCCGUUGCCAGCUCGGCAGGUCCAGGUUUACCUCCAGGUUUUUACAGAAUUUGUACAAUGACUGGUACUUUCAGUCAUCAACCUGUGCUUAUGCCCGUUGCCCAACGCGGCGCUCAAGACGAUUGCAUCCGUGUCAAUGUCAAAUAA